AUGAGGUUAACGUCACCUGCGAUUUUCAACCUUCUCAUUCUCUGCGAUCUCCUUCUUUGUCUUACCUCAUUCUCUUUCUCUCUCCUCGCCGCUGACGCCGAUUCAAAGCCGGAGCUUCUCCUCUCCGGAACCAACACAACCGCCGUCGUUAAUGCCUCGCUUGCGAGAUCUGACGAUGAUAGCUUGGCGAACAUGAUUGAUCGGGCUCUCGAGAGAGAGUUCCCCGACAAUGAGCAGAAUGAAGGUGCCGAUCCUGGUGGUUUCAACAACAGUGUUGCUGAACAGCAGCACUCUAGCGACCUAAUUCAGGUGGUAGAGGUGUCUAGUUUUAAGCUAGACUUUAAUCUGGCUGUUUUGGAAACUGUUGCCAGAGUUAUUCCCAAGAAAAAUGAAAGCAAAGAGGAGAAGUAUGCGCCUCUUUCGUCAUUUCAGCUCCACGAUGUUUUCAACUUGGAUAAUGAGAAUAGGGCAGAUGAUAUGCCAACUUUAAUUGACCGGAAGGACAAUGUCUUUAUCAUAUCCAAUCCCAAGUCAAAGUAUCCAGUUCUUCAAUUAGACUUGAGAUUGAUAUCAGAUCUUGUGGUUGUCAUUGUCUCUGCAACCUGUGGUGGCAUUGCCUUUGCUUGUGCUGGACAACCAGUGAUAACUGGAUAUCUGCUGGCAGGAUCACUCAUAGGCCCAGGAGGUUUGAGUUUUGUUAGUGAAAUGGUCCAAGUUGAGACAGUUGCUCAAUUUGGUGUCAUCUUUUUGCUCUUCGCAUUGGGCUUAGAGUUUUCAACAACGAAGCUUCGAGUUGUUCGAGCAUUAUGUGGUGGUAAAUCAUCUGAAGGAAUAUUUGUUGGUGCAUUUCUAUCCAUGUCUUCAACCGCUGUGGUCUUGAAAUUCUUAAUGGAAAGGAAUAGCGUCAAUGCACUUCAUGGUCAGGUUACAAUUGGAACGCUGAUACUGCAGGAUUGUGCUGUUGGUUUGCUCUUUGCACUGCUUCCUGUUUUGGGUGGAACAUCAGGUGUUCUUCAAGGAGUAGUGUCCAUGACUAAGUCAUUGGUGACCUUAAUUGCAUUUUUGGCCAUUUUGACAAUAUUAUCUCGGACAUGUGUGCCGUGGUUCCUUAAGCUUAUGAUAAGCUUAUCCUCCCAGACCAAUGAGCUUUAUCAAUUGGCAUCAGUGGCAUUCUGCCUACUUGUUGCUUGGUGUAGUGAUAAGCUGGGUUUAAGUCUUGAACUAGGUUCCUUUGCUGCGGGAGUGAUGAUAUCAACAACAGAUCUUGGUCAACAUACACUUGAGCAAGUUGAGCCAAUUCGCAACUUUUUUGCUGCUCUAUUCUUGGCCAGCAUUGGGAUGCUUAUAGAUGUCCAUUUCCUUUGGAAUCAUGUUGACAUUUUAGUGGCAGCUGUUAUAUUGGUGAUCAUUAUAAAAACAAUUGUAGCUGCAACUGUUGUCAAGGGGUUUGGAUACAACAACAAGACUUCACUUCUUGUUGGAAUGUCCCUGGCACAAAUUGGGGAAUUUUCCUUUGUUCUUCUCAGCCGUGCAUCAAAUCUUCAUUUAGUUGAGGGAAAGUUGUAUCUAUUGCUCCUUGGAACAACAGCUCUUAGUCUGCUUACACAAACAGAAAUAAUGCAGGUGACUACACCUUUGCUCUUCAAACUAAUUCCUGCGGUUGUGCAUCUUGGUGCAUUGUUGCGGUGGUUCCCUCCUGAUAGUUCGGCUGAGUUUGCAUUUAAAGGGGACAGCUUUCGUUCGAACAGUACUAAGCGCAUUACUUUGAUUGUUCAAGGCUCUCAUGAUUCAUAA